AUGCCGAUGAGACCCAACGCAGAAUUAGCAUUCGAUGACAUAAUCUGGCUACAGACGCGCUACCAACAGUAUACUAUUGCACAAUUAGACUCUGAUGACGGGAGUGAUGAGGAUGAGGAUAUGAAUACAGAAUCCCGUUCACAGAUUACAGCUUCAGAGGCUUCAGAGGCUUCAGAGGUGGUAAAAAUGCAUCACUUGUAUGAGGAGCAGCAGGAUCAGGGAGAUCAGAGUCUAAUUCAACAGCUUAAUUACUAUGAUACAGGUUAG